GGGAAGCUUCUGCUAAUAUAAGACGUGCAAAACUAUGGUAAUUUUUAAUUACUGUUUAACAGUUCGCUGUGCUAUUGUGUGGAGUUUGUGCUUAGUGACAUUUUACAAAAUGGCUAGAUCCAAAGGCAAUGGAAGAACUUUGUCUAGUACUAAGAGAAACAAAGGGAACAUUGCUUCUCUUUGUAAGUACUGGGUAAGUCACAUUUUUUAUACUUUACUAUACUUUAUACUUUCAUAUUUUAAAAUAUAUUUGAAAAAAUUGAAUAAACAGAAAAAGGUAUUUAACGAACUGAAUUUUGUAUGAUUAUUAGUUUUUGAGAUUUAGUAAAAAUAAACUUUUUAUUUUUGAAUUUGUUUUUAGAAUUCAAAAAAGGGGUUGAAUGUGGAGGGGACAUCACCUAAUACGUCUGAAAGUCAUUUGAGACUGCUUCUAAUAACCCAUCAACAUCAAACGAUUUAAAAAAUGUUGAAGUUACUGGGAACCGAAUUGUAAACUUUGCUUACCUUUUCAAAAAUAUCGCCAAUAUAGCUGCUCAUGGUCACAGAUUUGGAUGCACUUGGGAAAAUUUAAAAGUUAUAAAAGAAGUGCGCAAUUGCUUAUUUUCGAAAUUUAUUUUAAAAUGCAAUAUGUGCCAUGGUGAAUUUCAUCUUCAUACACAAGACCCAUUUGGAAAUGAAAGAAACUUGAAUGAGGCUGCAGUAAAUGGUAUAAUCGCCAUUGGAGGAGGAUACUACAACUUGGAAGAAUUCUUGUGUUGUUUGAAUAUUUCUUCUAUGUCAUACCCUACAUAUAAAAAAUAUGAGAACAAAGUUUCUGAAGAUUUUUCGAAAGCUGCUGUAGCGACAAUGAAAGAAGCUGCCGAAGAAGAAAUUCUUCAUGCGAAGGAAAUUGGAGCCAUCGAUCAAGAUGGGUGUGCUCUAGUUCCCGUUGUAGCUGAUGGGACAUGGGGCACACGCUCUAACAAGUCAAAUUUCAAUUCGCUAACUGGAGCAGCGGCCAUAGUAGGAGCUCACACUGGGAAAGUCCUGUAUCUGGGAGUCAGAAACAAAUUUUGUAUGAUUUGUUCUCGUCAAAAAGAACGUUCUCCCACUGAUCAUGUUUGUACAAAAAACCAUAUUGGCAGUUCCGGUAGUAUGGAGUCGCAAAUUAUUUUACAAGGAUUUAAAACCAGUGUCGAGAUGUACAACAUCAAAUACAACACGCUAAUUGGAGACGGAGAUAGUAGUACCUACAAGAAAAUCAUCGAGGGACGCCCAUACAACAAUUUGACUGUUGAAAAAAUUGAAUGCCGAAAUCACCUUUUACGCAAUCUACGUGGAAAACUCAAAAGCCUUGUGGGUGACAGAAAGUUUCCUUUACAAAAUAGGAAACUGCUGGAAGGGAAAAUCAUGCGGCUGUCCACAGGAAUAAGAGCGGCAAUAACAUACAGGAAAAAAGAAGCGGAUAAGGUUUCAGCGGCUGGAAGGUUACGGCAGGAUAUUUUGAAUUGCGCCCAGCAUGUGUUUGGAGAACACAAAGAUUGUGCGAAUUAUUUCUGCCAACGAAAAACGGAUACAAACACAUGGGACACAAUUUCCACUGAACUAAAGGGACAAAUUCAAAAUAUUUUGCGCACUCUGGCAAGUCACUCCAGAAGCUUGCUAUGCGAUGUUGAUAAUAAUGUGGUGGAAGGAUUUAACUCCAUAGUAGCAAAAUUCAUUGGUGGAAAAAGAAUAAAUUACAGCUUGUCACAAUCAUACGAAACAAGAUGUAUGGCAGCUGUAGUUUCUUUCAACAGCAAACAUGCCCACAUGUAUCUUGGAAGAAUUUCGAAAAGGUCUCGCAAUCGUUUACUAGAAACCAUGGAAAUUCGAAGGCGUAGGAAAGCAAUGAGAACGUGGGAAAUGGCUAGAAAAAAAGGAAGAAAAGUGCAAGCGACAAACGAUAAAGGAAAUGCUGAUUAUGGAGAAAAUUGCGAAAAACCGGAUAUGACUCCUGAAAUUUUCGAAGAGAACAAAAAGGCGUUUCUUCAAGGAUUAGAAAAAACAGAUGCCGAAAGAGUUCAGCUGCAAGAGUCCACAAGGCUUCAAGCUGGCUCCGGACAAUGGCUCGAAGAACGCAGAAAGUUGCUUACUGCUUCCAAUUUUGGGAGAGUUUGUAAAAUGAAUGCUACCACAAGUCCUGCCAAUACGAUUAAGAGUUUGUUGUAUCAAAUAAAAACUUUAAAUGUGCCGUCCAUCAACCACGGAAAGGUAAAUGAGGAAAAAGCGAGGCUCCAGCUAAUGCAGCAAGAAAAUGUAACAAUUGUGAGCUGUGGUCUCUUUGUCAACAAAAAGUGGAAUUUUUUGGGUGCUUCACCAGACGGUCUAAUUCUGGAUUUGGACUCCAUUGUAGAGAUUAAGUGCCCAUACUCCGCGUUCCAGAAAAAAAUGUCAUUUGAGGAAGCAGUUAUUUCAAAAAAAAUAACUUUUUGGAAACAAGAAGCAGCGACAAGAAUUUUCAAAAUCAAUAAAAAUCACGAUUGGUAUUACCAAAUUCAAGGGCAGCUACAAAUAGCUGACAAAGAGUCCUGCCUCUUAGGUGUUUGGUUAGGAGAUAAUUAUCCUUUAAAAACACAAUGGGUAAUGAAAGAUAAUGAGUUUUGGGAGGAAAAAAUGUUACCAAAACUUCAAAGGUUUUACUUCCAUUCCUUGUUACCAGAAUUGGUUGAUCCACGACACAUCAGAAAUAUGCCCAUACGUGAUAAUAAAUAGGUAAGCAUUUUUUAUAUAUGGAACUUUUUUCCGGCUCUUAUUUUUUAGGUCUAUUCUUUAUCCAUGACGGCAGGACUAGUUUAUUGCCUAAUUUUUAUUUUUAGCUUUUAGUACAUAGUUAGGUAUGUUGUAAAUAGCUAGGUUCUUGUAAAUAUUGAAAUUUCUGUUAAUUAAUUAAU